GGGUGAGGGUGCCGCCCAAUGGGAGGCGUGGAUAGUGAGGGGUCCUGCACGCCUGGAGCCGAGGGUCUGUGUCAAGAGCGGCCGGGGCUGUUGGAGAACCUGACUGCAGUGGCGGUGAUAGGCAGACACAGAGCAUGGAAGACCAAGGGGCAAACACUGGACCAAGAUUUGUUGACUGACAGAAGUGAUUGACAAGGUGAACAGGGAAAUCCUGAGACUUCCCCUUCCCCUUGGGUUCCUGGUGUACCACUGGCUCCUGCCCCUUUGUCCAGGCACGGGAGAUGGCAGAGAUGGUGGCUGAAGUGGCUGAGUUGCCAACACAGUCACCAGGGGCAGUGGAAAUGUUAACACCCAUGUCAGAGGAGCUGGCAGAGAUGGCCACCGAAGUGACUGAGAUGACCUCCGGGGAGGCCCUCGCCUCAUCCCUCUUCUUCCAGCACCACCAGUUCAUGUGCUCUGAGUGUGGCAGCCUCUACAACACCCUAGAGGAAGUCCUCGCCCACCAGGAACAGCAUCUGCUCAUCAUGUCAGAGGAGGAGGCGCUGACCACACAGGACAUGGGCCUGGAGCCGGAACUCAUUGUGCCUGGCACUGGAGAGGGACCUUUCCAGUGUGGCGAAUGCAGCCAGCUCAUCCUUUCUCCCAGUGAGCUCCUGGCCCACCAAGAUGCCCACCUGCAGGAGUCUGCAAGCCAGAUCCAGUACCAGUGUGGAGACUGCCAGGAGCUCUUCCCCUCACCUGAGCUGUGGGUAGCUCACCGCAAGACUCAGCACCUUCAGGGUACAGAUGAGCCACCAGCGCCACCUCCUUUGCCUCCCCCAACACCACCACCUCCACCACCAGAAGUCAAGAUGGAGCCCUACGAGUGUCCUGAGUGUUCCACCCUCUGUGCCACCCCUGAGGAGUUCUUGGAGCAUCAGGGCACACACUUUGACUCUCUGGAGAAAGAAGAGUGCAAUGGAUUAGCAGAGGAAGAGGAGGAGGAUGAAGAUGAUGACAGUGAUGAUGAUGAUGAGACAGAUGAUGAGGAAGCCACAGAGCUUACUGCUGACGAUGUGGGAGGUGACAAGUCUACAGCUGGCCAGGCCCAGGGAUGUGGGGACUGUUCCCAACUCUGUACCUCAGGGGCACCCCGACGACACCGGCGGGCGUCCCACAGCCAAGCAUCUGCCACCCACCCCUUCCACUGCAACCAGUGUCAGCGCAGCUUCAGCUCUGCCAACAGGCUGAUGGCUCAUGGUCGGGCCCAUGUGGGGGGCACCCAUGAGUGCACCACCUGCUCCAAGGUCUUCAAGAAGGCAGCCUCACUAGAGCAGCACCUCCGGCUCCACCGUGGAGAAGCCCGCUACCUGUGUGUGGACUGCGGCCGUGGCUUUGGCACAGAGCUCACGUUGGUGGCCCAUAGGCGGGCCCACACCGCCAACCCGUUGCACCGCUGUCGCUGUGGCAAGACCUUCAGCAACAUGACUAAGUUCCUCUACCACCGGCGCACUCACGCUGGGAAGAGCGGGACCCCCACCAGGGUAGCAACUGUCUCCCCAGCUUCAGUUGAGCCUACACCCCGACCCCCACCUCCUGCCCCACCUGCCCAGCUGCCCUGUCCACAGUGCCCCAAGUCAUUUGCCUCAGCCUCCCGGCUCUCCAGGCACCGGAGAGCAGUACACGGUCCCCCUGAACGACGGCACCGGUGUGGGGUCUGUGGCAAGGGCUUCAAGAAGCUGGUCCAUGUGCGCAACCACCUGCGGACACACACAGGUGAGAGGCCCUUCCAGUGCCACUCCUGUGGCAAGACCUUUGCUUCUUUGGCCAAUCUCAGCCGCCACCAGCUGACCCACACAGGUGUGCGUCCCUACCAAUGCCUGGACUGUGGCAAGCGCUUCACACAGAGCUCCAACCUGCAGCAGCACCGACGGCUACACCUACGGCCGGUUGCCUUUGCCCGUGCCCCCCGCCUUCCCAUCACUGGUCUCUACAACAAGAGCCCCUACUACUGCGGGACCUGUGGCCGCUGGUUCCGAGCCAUGGCAGGCCUUCGACUGCAUCAGCGGGUCCAUGCCCGAGCCAGGACUUUGACAUUGCAGCCUCCCAAGUCACCGCCUCCAGCCCCACCCCCAGCCCCAGAGCCUCAGCAGACUAUCAUGUGCACAGAGCUUGGGGAGACCAUCGCCAUCAUUGAGACGUCACAGCCACUGGCACUCGAGGACACGUUGCAGCUGUGCCAGGCAGCACUGGGGGCCAGCGAAGCAAGUGGACUGUUGCAGUUGGACGCGGCCUUCGUGUGACAGCCCAAGAGCAGUAAUAAAAGGGUUUGGUUACAAGCGUGUACAUAAGACCUCUGGGGAGAAGAGGACCCUCUGGCAGGGUGAUCUGGCACUCGCCACGUGCCAGGACCCAUCCCGCUUCUCCUAGUGCUGACUCCUCAGAGCAGCUGCCAGGGUUCUCUUGUUGCUCUUCUCUGCCCGAGGGGAAACAGAAACAGAACCAAAGCUCUGAGAAGUGGUGUGAUCUGGCCCAGUUCAUACUGCUGCAUUGCAAAGCAGGGCUUUGCCAAGGCUCUGCACGGCAUUGCCCUGGUGCUCAGCAACAUCAGGUAACCUUUACUGAGCACCAACUGUGUGCUAGGUCUGUGCCACACACUCUCAUAUACCUCUUCAGACCCUCUGCUUGUCCCCAGCCUUCCUUGAACUUUGGGUGUGCAGAACUUAGCUCCACCUGAUAGAGGAAGGCACUUGAUUUCUCUGGGCUUCUUUCAUCUGUUUUGACCAUAUGGAAGGAAGUCUGUAGGUACCCCAGUACUCAGUCCAGACUGGGUGAUUCUGGAGACCCAAGAAUAAGCCAGACAGUGCUGUAUGCAGGAGGCAUGCUGACAGCAGGACUACACACAAGUAUAGACAGCUUGCUCUGAGUGUGUCUCACUGGUUCAUUCAGCCUGUAUGUCCAAGGCCUCUUUUAAAUGUGUUGUGCUGCUGCUGCAAGCCAGAAGCCGAGUCAGGCCUAGGGGUUCCUGGGCUGUGAGGGGGCUAUGUAGGGACAGUGGGAUCUCAGGAAGGAACAGACCUCCAUGGGAGGAGAUCAAGAGUGAGAUUUCCUAGUGGAGGCAAGUCCCUGAAAUACAAGUAGGAAUCUGCUAGUGGAAAAGAACACUGUAGAUAGAUAGUACUACAAGAGAAGGAUGAUUAUUUGGAGACCCCCCCAGUUACAAACAGAAAGGAAAAGUAAGUUUUCCAGUGUCACAGAACAGCUGGGAUUUGAGGGGGCCUCGGGAGCAGGAAGGGAUCCCAUUCUUAAGAGUCCUUCCCUCCCCAAACAGGUGCAGAUGAAUAUGGGAGGUCAGGGGGGCAGGCUCCCCCAGGCCUCUGCAGACCAUGAUGCCCUGGCAGGUGAAGCAGAAUGGGGCUGGGGCUGGGGCUGGGGCUUGUCUGGGAGGAGGGCCUAGACUUUGGAAAUUGGGCUGAGUAGUUGAAGACAGAGUUAAGGUAGGAGUGUAGGGGCAGGAAGGUGAAGGACACCCUCAGUGACCACAGUCAACCAGUGGGAGGGAGGAACACUGGGUCCAUCUCUCACCCAGACCAGCCAUCUUCCCUCUAGUUGAGAAGCAAGGUGAAACCCAGACUGGUACUGAACAAGGGAGGGAUGAGGUUCAUCCCGCAGAGUAAAAGGGUGCCCCUGGGGCUGUUGUAGGCAACUUGCAGAGCCCAAAGCCCAGAGUCCUGGAACUCCCUCAGGGACAUGCGCCAAACUUCCUUGCUGUUCAUAAGUGGAAUCCAACAGAGGACAGGCAGUGGCUCCUCCCCAGUCUCCCAUGGCCUCCUGAAGGCUCCUGCUCACUCACUGCUUGGCACCAUGUGGAAGAGAUACUGUUUUCUUCUGCCAUGGCCCCCACCCUCUGGCUCCAGCACAUUUGAAAAGCCAGGGGGGAAAAGCCAGGCUAGGCAGCACAAGCCUGUAACCCCAGGCCUGGGGAGCCUAAGGCAGGAAGGAAGCUCGGGCUACUUAAUGAGACCCUAUCUCAGGAAAGUGAGAAGAAAGCCAAGGUCUCUGCCUCCUUCCCAGGGUUGCCACUUCACCACAUCCCUAAGAGAAGUGAAACAUGGGUGCCCUGCUUCCGACAGAAUGAAGCCUUGGGAAUCUGGCCAUGGCUACCCCACUAAGUCUGUAGGUACUUGGGUUUUGGGACAAGAGACUCACAUGAUCCAGGGUCCCUUUGGACUCUGCAGCAUCUGGGCUGGGCAUCCCUUUGCUCAGGUCCUGGACUCUGCUUCUUAAGUUCUGGGGUUUCAAUCCCUCUGAGCCCCAAUCUCCUGCUGGUCACCCAGGAAGCUCACCCUUUCCCAGCUGAAGCAGGUGAUUUAUGCCAGGUCAUAGGCAGGAGCCACCUCUACAGUUAAGAUAAGCCUGUCACUGCAUACUCUAAAGGGACUGGAAGGUCAGCCUGAGUCUGGACUAGGACUCAGGCCUCCCAGUGUUCCCCUGCCAGAGCUACUGCUGACCUGACUCUGAACAGCCUUCCAGGCAGCCCCCUUCCCUCUGGAAACAAGCAGCCAGGCAGGAAGAAGGGUUUCAUGCCAAUAAUUUAUUGAACGGAGGUCUGUACACAGGCAAACCUUACUGUGGAGACUAAGACACCAGGGGCUCUCCCCACUCCCCAACCUCUAGGGUAGGGAGCAGGACGGAGCCUGGGGAGCAGAGGACAGGAGGGGGCACAGCUGCAGGGGAGGGCAGGCUGGAUGGUGCGAAUCGACGUUUUCUUUAAGAAAAAAAUUAUAACAAUCUAUUUACACCCGAGGAGGCCAGGGAAAGAAAAAGAAGGUGGGCUGGGCUGGUCCUAUUUACACGGGAGUAGGGGAGGAUGAAGGAGUGGAGGUCUCAGGGGAGGGGAGGGGGCCAAGGG